AUGGUACAAGUCAAAGACUUUUUUCCCCAUCAUUCCAGUCGAGUCCUUCAUGCCUCCCAAACUCUUGUCGAGAUCCAAAAGAAGCUGCCAGAAUUCUGUCCACACGACAAAACCCACACUCGAAAAGUGCUCGACUUUUUCGGGCGGGAGGUUAAUGUUGGCAUCCCUGAGGACUUGACGGAAGCCAUCGACGGUAAUGAAGCCUCCGCCGCCACUUUGGUCUUGAGAGUCGAAAGCUCGGCGGAUUUGGGAUUCUCGGCUCUCGAACUCGUUUUCGUCCUGAACUUUGGUGUCGAGGGCAAAGAGGACCGUUGGGAUUCACUCCCCACAACCCAUAUGGGCCAUUUUGGGCAUUUUAGGUACUGCCCGACUUUGCAGAAGUGGAGGGAUUCGAGAAGUGUGAGGAAGCCUACCUCGACUGGUGUGGUGAUUCCUUUUACGAACAUGCCGCCGCCUAAGUCCAUUUUCCCGUCGAACACAUUGGCCACGGCGCUCCCGGAGAGUAACAAGUUCACAAUUUCCUAUUUGAUAUCAAGAAAAGCAAAGCACCCAGACGACUUCGGAAAACAGGAAGCAGAAUUUCUAGCUGUCGGAGUGCACUCCACCGAGAAGUACAAGUGUCGACUCUCAGAAACUUCUGCAGAUAUCCAGCUUCAAGUUCAACUGGACACCAAAAAAGGAUAUGACAUAAAAAGACGUGAAAUAUUAAUUGCUUACCUCAUCCUCCGACCCGUUCACGGACUUCAAGAAAUCAUGGUUGAUAAUAUUUAG